AUGGGGGAUAAACAUCAACGCCGCAUCGGACGGAACAGGAAUGGAAAGCAGCGCCACGGGAUACGACAGGAACAAGCCAUUCCAGAGGACUGGAUAGAUAGGUACGACGAUUACGGCGACAGGAACGGCGACACGAAUGACGACUGGGGAGGCUACGGCGGAGCGGGAGGGGGAAGGGGAGGAGGGGGAGGGGGCGAUGGCGGAGCAGCGGGAGGGGGAUCCGGCGCGCGGGGCGGGGGAGGUGGCGGGAAGCGGGAAAGCUGGACCGCCUGUCCGUACGCUCCCGGGGAUGUGAUUCUAGUGAAGUGUUCGAAAUCGAGGUGGUGUUACGGCGAGGUGCUCAAGGUGACGGAGGACGGCGUGCGACUGUGGGUGGACGCGGUUCGCAGUCGCAUCGACGUGCCGCUCUCGCUCGUCGCGUCGCACCUCUCCUCCGACCCCUCCGUGCUUUCCGGAGACGCCGCCGGAGACGCCAGGGACGCGCGCGACGGGCGCGACGGGCGCGACGCGAGAGACGCCGGCGGGUACUCGUCCUCCGCCGCCGCGCUGUCGUCUGGCGCUGCGGGGUCGGCGGCCUCGGGAUUGUCGGGCGGUGCGGCGGGCAGGGACGGAGCGGGCGCGGGCAGGGAUGGGAGUCCGGUGGGGGAUGAUGCGCUGUCGGGCACGGGCGGGAGACAUCGUGGGGGUGGUGCUGCCAAGAGGGGCUCUGCGCUGCAUGGGAGUAGGAGCGUGCAAAGCGGACGCGCGGGCGGCGCAGGCGGCGGCGGCGGCGGCGGCGGGGGAGGAGGAGGAGCGGGCGGCGCGGCGAUGGGGACGUGUUCGACGUGCACGCUGGCGAUUCGCGAGCUGCCGGUGGUGGGGUGGGAGUGCGGGCACAAGUCGCACUUCGCGUGCGUGGGGCGGCGCCUCAGCAAGGGCCUCACGGACUGCGCCUUCUGCCUCACUGUCAAGCCGCAUGCAAGGGGGGCAGUGGACGCGUUACUGGAGGAGGUGUGGUUCUGGUGUGUGUGCGGCCACCACUGCACCAUUGAUGCUCUCGAAGAGGACCCCACCACCAAGAGCUUCUGCUGCCCGCUCUGCCAGUAUGACCCAUGGAGCGUCACCAAGAGCAACGGCCUCAUAUCCCACCGCAGCCUCGGCGUGGGCAUGGAUACCUCCUCCUCCCACACCCACCACUCCCCCGCACAGCACCACCACCAGCAGCACCAGCAGCAGCACCAGCAGCACCACCAUCCUCCCCAGCACCCGCCUCAGCAUUAUCCACCCUCCCAGCAGCAGCAGCAGCAGCAGCAGCAGCAGCAGCAGUAG